GCACCUCUAGGGCGUUCGUCACCAAUAGAAGUGUACGAUACGGUAGCUAAUCCGAACGUCCGUGAAGAAAGGACUGUCGAUUUCAAGAUCAAAUAUCACUUUGAUAUUGAAGAGCAGGAGCGAUUGAUCCGUGACCAACAGGAAAAAAGAAAAAAGGAAGAGGAAGAAAGGCGGCGAAGAGAUGAGGAAAGCCGUCGUGCUUGGGAAAUGCGUGAACUGGAGAUCCUCGAACAUAUUAGGCUGGAUCGUGAGCAAAAGCGAAAAUACCUCCAAAAUUCGCUCCUCGAACGGGAGCGGAUGGAAAAGGAGCGCAUUGAGAGGGAUCGUUCAGAACGAGAAAUAGUGGAGUUGCAAAGGCGUGCCGACUGGGAAAGGAGGGAGAGCGAACGUCGCGGUUUGGAAGAAGAAGAACUAGCGCGAAGAAGACAACUAGAAAAUGAUCGAAUUAAACGUGAAAAGACAGAAGCUGAAAGGUUGGAACGCAUCCGUCUCGAAAGAGAAAAAGAGCAAUUAGAACGCGAAAGGAUUGAGAAGGAACGUAAAGAGAAGGAACGUCUUGAACUGGAGAGGAUUGAAAGGGAUCGUAUCGAAAGAGAAAAGAUCGAGCUUGAGCGAAUUGAAAGGAUCAGGCGAGAACGUAUUGAAUGGGAACAACGAGAACGAGACAAAGAGCGAGCGGAGAAGGAGAGGUUGCGACAGGAACGGGAGGAGCUCGAGCGAUUGGAAAGAGAGCGAAAACAGCUUGAACUCAAGGAACGAGAACUGCUCGAAGUCCAAAUACGAGAAGCUGUCGAACGGGAAAAACAGAGACUGGCUGAUGAAGAGCGAGAAGCUCGUCGGCGAGAAGAAGAACGUCGAGAGGCAAAACUUCUCGCUGAUAUACAAAGGCGAGCAGAUGAGCGGGAGCGGCUGCGGAAAAUUCAGGAACGGGAAGAGAAGGAGCGUUUAGAGCGCAUUCGAAGGGAACAACAACGAGUAGAGAUAGAACGAGCAGAGGCAGAAAAAAGAGAAAAAGAGCGUCUCGAGGAUGAAAGAAGAGAGAGGGAGUUGUUUGAGGCUCAGCACAGACAGAAGAAGCAACGUGAACGUGAGCGUUCAGAAGAUAUACAGAGGGAAACCAAGUUGCAGGAAGAGGAGGUGCGGGAGAAAGCCAGGAGGGACGCAGAAAGAAGAGCAGCUGCAGAAAGGGAAAGAAAACGAAGGGAGCAGGAAGAGAAAGAAAAACUCACUGCUUACGAGCUAGAAAGAGCUGCGACAGUUCGUAAAUUGCAACGCGAAGUGGAUCUAGAAAGAGAACGGGAAAGAGAGGAGUUGGAUAGGAAGGCGAUCGAGAUUGCCGAAAUGGAGAGGAAGGCAAAUGAGCGGCGUGAAAUGGAAAGGCUCGAAGACGAGCGCAGUCUUGCUGAACUGAAGGAGAAGGAAAGAAGAAACCAAGAAGUCAGAAACCGGGAGAGGAGAGAAGCAGAGGAGCGAGCUGUCGCUCGAAAACUUGUCGGUGCUAUAGUUCUGUUUAAAAAUUGUCAGUGA